AUGGACACCGGAGUGGGAUUCUCCACGGACGCCGGAGUGGGCGUCUCCACGGACGCCGGAGUGGGCGUCUCCCCGGAGUUGGCUCCACAGAUGACGAAGGAGGCUCAACAAAGGGCAAAGGAACCUCCUCCGUCGUUGGCUCCUCAAUAUCCUGCUCAGAUGGCUUGUUCUUCUCAGCCAUUUUCUCAAGUAUGUGGCCAAUUUGUGUGGUCAACUCUAGCCACCUUUUCCCCUCAUGAAGACACACACUACGGCAAACCCUUAGCUAGAAAAAGACAGAAAAUAGGUAUUUAG